UCUGCUCGGUCCCCCCAGACGCCGGCGAGGCUGCUGAUUGCUAGCGACUGGCUCCCGCAGGCGCUUGGGAUUCCCACCUUGUUCAGAAGGGCAUUCUAGAGCCAACUGAAAACCAGGAGAUGGUGGUGGCUCUUCCUGCAGGGGAAUCCCAGGGACUGGUGAUUGUUGAGGAUCUUGCUGUGUAUUUCUCCCAAGAGGAGUGUGUUAAUCUUCACCCCAUUCAGAAGGAACUCCGCUCAGACAUCAAGCAAGACAGUUUCAUGGAUGUGAUACCACUAGCAGGAGAUGAAAACAAAGAGGAGACUCUUCAGCAAGAGAAUACAGAGAGAAUAGGACCUCUACAAGUGUCUGCAACUCUGAUUUCUGAGCUGGGAAAAGUGACUAUAGAUGAACCAAGAAGGCCUGAAAGGAGAAAACUGGGUUUAUCCCAAGAAAAGAGAUUUAUAAGCCUUUUAGUUACCAUUGACAAUCCAUCUCCAUUAAGAGAAUUAUCUCAGUGCAUAGAAAACAUAAUACUUUCUGAGAGGGAUAUUUGCCUCCCUGCAGCCUAUAGAUGUCACGAAUGUGGUAAAAGCUUCACUAAGAGCUCACGACCUAUUUCACACCAGAGAAUCCACACAGGAGAAAAGCCUUACGAAUGUGCUGGUUGUGGGAAGAGUUUUACUCAAAGAUCUACCCUCUCUACUCAUGAGAAAAUUCACCUGGCUGAGAGGCCACAUCGGUGUGCUCACUGUGGGAAAACUUUUCGCCGAAGUGCCCAUCUUAUCCGACAUGAGACUAUCCAUACAAGAGAGAAGCCCUAUAAAUGUGACCAAUGUCACCUGUGUGAGAGAAGUUUCCGUAGAAACUCAGAUCUUACCACUCAUCAGCACAUCCAUACUGGAGAGAGACCGUUCAAAUGUUUAGAAUGUGGAAGAAGCUUCAGUCAGAGAUCAAAUCUUAAGAGAACCCAUACAGGAGAGAAACCUUAUAAGUGUGUUGACUGUGGGAAAAUUUUCCUCCGUAGUUCACAUCUUACUCGACAUGAAAUUACCCAUAUAGGAGAGAAAAUCCACAAAUGUAACACGUGUAGGAAAACAUUCAUUUUAUACGCUGAGCUUGUGCAGCAUCAAAAGAUUCACAAGAAAGAGAAGCCCUAUUGCUACAAUAAAUGCAGAAAAAGCUUCAGUUGGAGAUCAGACUUUAUUACUCACCAGAGACUCCACUCAAGAGAAACAGUUAACAAGUAUCCCACAUGUGAAAAAAGUUUCAGGCUGAAUUCUCACCUUAUGAGAUUCUGAAUUCUCACCAUGAGAGAACCUACACAGAAAAGAAACGCUAUCAAUGUUCUGAGUGUGAUAAAAGUUUUUAUAAAAAUUCUGACUUCAUUAUUCAUCAGAGACUCCACACAGGAGAGAAACCUUAUCACUGUGCCAACUGUGGGAAAAACUUUAGUCGGAAUUCGCAUCUCGUUCGGCACAGAAAGAUCCACAUACGGGAGAUCUUAUAUAGCUCAUAAGGUAGUUUUCCAGUAUUCUGACUGUGUUUAACAUCUCUGGGGACUAAUGCACCACAUAACAAUUUUUGACAAGACUUAGGCCCUCCGGAUGGGAAAAAAAGCGAUGGUAUUGCAGCAUUUACAGCUUUCUGUUUUUAAUUGAAGUUUUUUAGCUCAGUUUUUUUGUGAUGGUUUUACUAUUUGAAGUGCUUGAAAAAAGUAUUUAUGAAACUAGGUAGGUGAAAUUUUGUGAUAAGAGGACCAGAUGUUAGAUUUGAUUCUGAAAUGAACAACAUUAAAAAUGUAUUAAAGUUACUAAGGAUGGGAGACAUCCUUUAUCCUUUGUAUGAAUUAAAGCUAUUUCAAGAUUGCAUUUUUAUUCUCACUUCAAACAAAAAUGUGUUUCAUUACAGUUCAGUCAGAAAACAUAAACACUAAAAUGUAAAGGGUUUUUUUAAAAGGCAAAAGCUAGGUGUGAGCCCUGUUUGCCAAGCUGAAGUUAUAUUACUUGUUGCAAUCACAUUAGGAUCAUCCAGACUCUUCCUCAGUGCCUUUAUAUAUAACAGGUCCUCAAUAAACCUCUUUUGUUUGACCAA